CGGGCGCGUGCAGCCUGCACCUGAGCGAGCGCGCCGACUGGCAGUACUCGCAGCGCGAGCUGGACGCCGUCGAGGUCUUCUUCUCGCGCACGGCCCGCGACAACCGCCUGGGCUGCAUGUUCGUGCGCUGCGCGCCCUCCAGCCGCUACACGCUGCUCUUCUCGCACGGCAACGCCGUGGACCUGGGCCAGAUGUGCAGCUUCUACAUCGGCCUGGGCUCCCGCAUCAACUGCAACAUCUUCUCCUACGACUACUCGGGCUACGGCGUCAGCUCGGGCAGGCCCUCGGAGAAGAACCUCUACGCCGACAUCGACGCCGCCUGGCAGGCGCUCCGCACCCGGUACGGCGUGAGUCCCGAGAACAUUAUUCUGUAUGGGCAGAGCAUCGGGACCGUCCCCACGGUGGACCUGGCCUCCAGGUACGAGUGCGCCGCCGUGAUCCUGCACUCGCCCCUGAUGUCCGGUCUGCGUGUGGCGUUUCCCGAUACCCGGAAAACGUACUGCUUCGAUGCGUUCCCCAGCAUUGACAAGAUUUCUAAAGUCACCUCUCCUGUGUUGGUCAUUCACGGCACCGAGGAUGAAGUCAUCGAUUUCUCCCACGGCCUGGCCAUGUACGAGCGCUGUCCCCGAGCCGUGGAGCCCCUCUGGGUGGAAGGGGCCGGGCAUAACGACAUAGAGCUUUACGCACAAUACCUAGAAAGACUAAAACAGUUCAUAUCUCACGAACUUCCUAAUUCCUGAAGACGACUUGACUUUUACCUCAUUUACUGUGAACACAAGGGUCCUCUGUUUUGCACACGCUUUAACUGGGUGGCGGUAACAGCGCGAUGACCAGGAGGAAGUGCCCGGCCUGUAGGGUGUUCUCAUCAAAGAGCUGGGGACACCUCAGCCUUGUAGCUAGAGAAUUUCUACUAAUUCACACAACCUCUUACACUGAACUGCUGUGAUUUCCAGCUUUGUGACCUUGCGGGGAUUGGGAGUGAGGGCUGGAGGCGGGGACGGGUUAUCGUGCUAUAUAAGGCUGCUCCCAUCUGUGUCUCUUCCUUACACAUCACUUAGGAUUCAUUUAUGCAGGACUCUCCCCUCCCUCCCCUCUGCCACGUCCUCUGCAUUCAUGGGGUCAUCAGCCCAUUGGUGAAGCUGUGAUAGAGCAACUGGAAAAUAGGUGACAAAAAUUCCUUUAACUUUUGUUAACAUGCUGACCUUUCCCCAAAAAACACAUCACUUGAAGGGUAAUUUACUAGAACUACCCUGAAACAGCUUCAUUCACUGGAACCAUAGAAAUAUAACUGGAAUAUUCUUAAACAAAGAGAAACUGGGUGUUGUUUUUUUUUCUCUUAAGUGUAAAUUUAUUACUAAUCAACAGAGUUUUCCUAUUUUGAUUGGUUGGUCUAAUGAGAGCCUAGCCGACUUUUCUCCUGGCAAGUCCUCCCUAUAGGCUUUUUAAAAAGUCCUGUACAUAUUUGCAACCACAUUGUGCAUAGAUUCUUAAUGGGUAAUUGUCCUUUGUCAGGAUACAACAAUGAACUGCAAAUUCCUUGUUUGUAAUGUAAAUGAUUGGAUACAUUUUGUUAAUAUGUUUUUAUUCCUAUGUUUUGCUAUUAAAAAAUUUUAUAAUAUUUCCAAGACAAAAAAAGAAAAUUACCAGUUUAUGCUUUGAAGAAUUUAUGUAAUUAAAAUUUCACAAAACUAAUGUUUUUAGUUUAGCAGGUAUUUGGGUUUUGACACUGGAGUUGCAUCUUAUAAGCAUCAGAAAUGUAAGAUGCUUGUUAAAAUUGCUACGCUGCUCGUAUUGGUUUGGGGUUUGGGUUUGGAGGGUUUUGGGGGGGUUUUAUUUCCUUUUUUUUUCUUUCAAAUUUAAAAGCCUUAAAUGUACUGUCAGCCUCAGAUCGUUGUAAAGCUGGAUUGCGGCCGAUUGCCAGUGUGUGUACUGUCGCUUGGACGCAGCUCAGCGGUUGGUCACGGAAUAAAGGAUGCAUGGAUCAGA